AUGUGCAUCCCGAAAACCGCACAAUAUAGGUAUACGGACGACCUGUUCUGGUUGGAGGAGCAAUUUGUACUGAUGAAGAGCAGAAACGAGGAACUCGAAGAUCGACUGCUGAAUUUGGUGGAGAAAGUUGAGCAGGAAAAAAUAAUUUUAGUGAACGAAGUGGACCAGCUUGUUAGCAGGUUGUCACAGGCGAACCGCAGGAUAUCCAUACUUGAAGAUGACUGUGCACGAUAUAAAAAAGAUUGCAUUUUGGCUGUGAAUCUUUUGCAUUGUGAACCGUCGAGAUACAGGAUACAAGAAAAAGCACCAGAUGUUUUAUCUGAACCUGAAAAAGCUUUAAAAGUGGUACGCAAUGUGACAACUUUCCCACCUAUGGCGGUGUAUAUUCCGGACGAUUUGGAAUCACAGCCUGAUGAUCCAGCGCCGCAGUUCCUCACUGAUAAGCAAACGUCGUCAACUAUGGAGAAAUCGCCAAGUUUUACAACAAAAUUUGUGGAGAAAAUCAAAAACCAUCGGGAUUACAGUUGCGUUGAUUUAAAACGUUGCUCAAAAUGCGAUACGGUGGAGUCAGCAAUUUCUCGUGAAACUCAAACAGUUGAGCAGCAACCGCCGUGGCCUAAAAUUGUCGAUAUGCCUGCCCGAUGCGUUACAGAUACAUAUCAUCUUGAACAGAUCAUCUAA